CCUGAGCGGCAGGACGGACACGAAGAGUUCGACCGGAGCAGAGUUUAAACUGUGAAACGGGCGGCCCAGAACAGACAGAAGGAGGGCGAACCGGUCCGGUCCGGUGGCGUUAACGCUUUAUUCUGCUCCUUUCACACCGACUGCAGCUGAAAAUGCCUCCGUCCACCUCCGUCCUGCUGCUCCUCUCACUGUCGCUGCUGCCGCGCGGCGGAGCAGCGGACUGCGGCGAGAACUUUCGAACCGGUCGGGAAGACUUUGUGGUGGACGCGAAAGACUCGGUAAGGGACGGAGCGGCGCUGCUCGGUACCGUGUACGUGGACUCGAGUGCGGAAUGUAAGAACGUGUGCUGUUCGGAGCCGCGCUGCAACAUGGCGCUGUUCCAAAUAGGAGCGGCAGAGGCGGAAAACCGCACGUGCGUGCUGUUCAACUGCGUCUACAGAAACCGCUUCGUGUGCAGGUUCGCGAACCGGGCCGGAUACCUGAGCUACGUAACAAAGCCCGUGUUCCAGAAGUACCUGAGGGACCCGCAGCGGAAAGGUAAGCUGCAUCUCCCCAUCGCCAACGCGGGCCGUGAUAUUGUGGUUCAGCCCGGAGAGGCCGUGUUGCUCAAUGGCAUUGAGAGCGAAGCGCUGGGCGGCGCCAAGAUCGUUGACUACAGCUGGAGCUUGGAGAGCGGAGACGAAGACGUCGUCAUGGAGAAGACCGACCUGCCCGACCAGAUGAAUGUCACCAACCUGCUACCGGGCCUGUACGUCUUCAAACUGACCGUCACCGACUCAAACGGCCAGGCUGACGGGGACCAGGUGGAGGUCCGGGUCCUGGACCUGCAGCAGUCCAGCUUGUACUGUCUGACUCCAAUGAAGCCCGGCCCGUGUCGCGCUGCCUUUCCUCGCUGGUUCUACAGCGCCGCCAACGGCAGCUGUCAGCCGUUUACCUUUGGAGGCUGCAAACCCAACCAGAACAACUACCUGAGCCCAGAGGACUGCACGGCCGCCUGCCGGGGUGUAACAGCGUCGUUCGAGAGGAGCAUCAUGCUGCCUAGCUCUGUAGUCUGUGACUCCACCUGUCAUCCUGACCAGCUGAAAUGUGAUGGACACUGCUGUCUGGACCGGAGUCUGGAGUGUGAUGGAGUGAAGCACUGCAUUGACGGAACAGACGAGACAUACUGCAGCAAAUUGAACCACACCUUCUCUCGCCUGAUGAGUAUCAACAUUGACCCAAGGGAAGCCCAGUGCACACAGUCUCCCCACACAGGUCCGUGCCGGGCAAGUCACACCCGCUGGUACUACGACCCCGUGCAGAGGAAAUGCUUCCAGUUCACCUACGGCGGCUGUGACGCAAACAACAAUAACUUUGAAAGGAAGGAGAAGUGCAGCAGCGCCUGCGAUGGAGUAACGGAAAGCAGCGUAUUUUCCAGAGGGAUGUUUGAACGUUACGAGGCUGAUGAUGAUGAUGAUGAUCAUGAAGAAGGCUCAGGACACGUGGCGCUGGCAGUGAUUCUGACGGUGUCCAUCUUGGCCUUGUUGGCCAUCGGGGUCUACUGUGUGCUGAGGGCCCGGAAAGCAAGGAGCCAUGAGCCUGUUGCAACCAGUCCUGCUGCGACAUCAUCUGAGCAGAACACGCUUGUUUACAACAGCACCACUAAACCUGUAUGAUGUCAUCACGACAUCUAUGAUGUCACAGGUUCUGUUUGAUGUACUGGGUGUUGUCAGGAAGCCGUCAACCUCUUCUCUGGCUUUCAGAGGGUCCUUGUUUUUUAGUUUGCUGAGACUCUGUCCUGUUUCAGUAUGUCUUAUCAUAUUUGACUUUGUGUGUGUGUGUGUAUGUAUGUAUGUAUGUAUGUAUAUAUACACACACACAACGGCUCUCAGGUUUAGAUUAAUGUGAAUUGGUUUUACUGUAAAUAUCAAGUUCAGAUCGUUUUAAUAGUCUUGUCUGUAACAUCAGUUGCCAUUGUUUUGUAUUUUACUUUGUCAAUAAAAUGUCAAAAACAAUAA